CCCGGUCAUCUUUUUCAUCUUCCUAUAUAUAUUUCUAGGGUUCAUUCUCAAUUCAUGCUAUUCUAGAACUCCUUUCUAGAUAUGGAAUCUAAGAUAGUGAUCAAGGUUAAGAAUGGCAAGACACUCAGGCGCUUCAGUGCGCCAAUUGGCGAAGAUGGAAAAUUGAAACUUGAUAUUACUAAACUGAGGGAAAAGAUUUCCAGUCUCUUUGGCUAUUCUCCGGAUGCACUUCUUUCACUUUCAUAUAUGGAUGAAGAUGGUGACAUGGUGGCCUUAAUUGAUGAGGAUGAUCUCCAUGAUGUGAUGAAUCAGUGUUUGGACCCAUUGAGAAUAACUGUUAUACCAAUUUCCAAAUUUGGCAGUAGAUUUUCUGCUACAUCAUAUGGAUCACCACAACUGGAUUUGUAUUCUCUUUCCAAUGUUCUUAAAUCUAUUCCAGAACCUCUCCGCGAGUCUCUGUCAAAGCUUUCAAUGGAAGUGGCAUCUAAAGCUGCUUGUACUGGCCAAGUGAUUGCUAGACUAGUUGAUUCUGUUUCAAAGUUGGGACAAUCUUUGAAUGCUGAGACUUCUAGUAAUGAUGUUCCAACUCAAAAAUCUGAAAUCAAGAAAACAUCAAAUGCAGUCGAUGCCCAAAAUGCUAACAUUGGAACUGAAGGUUUUGGUUCUGGUUCUGGUUCUGGCUCUGGCUCUGGCUCUGGCUCUGGCUCUGGCUCUGGCUCUGGCUCUGGCUCUGGCUCUGGCUCUGGCUCUGGCUCUGGCUCUGAUGACUCUGACUCUGAUGACUCUGACUCUAUCUAUAGCUCUAUCUCUAGCUCUAGCUCUAGCUCUACUGGCUCUGUGAAUGGUAAUGAUGACUCCCAUAGUAUUUCUGUUUCAUCUGACUGUAAUUCCAAGCCGAAAGUUAAGAAGACAAAUGCUACUGUCUCGACCAAACCUGUGAAACAUGCUGAAAAGGACUCUAGAAUUGCUAAUGAAGAUUCUAAUAUGGCCAAGAAAUUCACUUGUUUUCCCAGUUUCAAUGCUAUGUGGGAAUCUACUUUUUCAGGGACAGAUUUGUCUUAUUCUGGAAUCCAUUGUGAAUCUCCAUUCGAUACAAGCUAUAAAUGCAGUACUGGCAGCACUACUAGUAUUGUCCACAAGGAUACCCAGUGUGAUGCAUGUGGGGUGCAUCCAAUAAUUGGACCACGUUUCAACUAUAAACUGAAAGGGGAUUAUAAUCUUUGCAGAAUUUGUUUUUUUAGCUUUGGAAAUGAUGAUGAUUUUAUCAGAAUGGACGAACCUGUUAGUAGUUGUUCUUAUAUCCCAUUCAGAGGAACGGAUUUUCCUGCACAACUUCCUUCACAUGUCUUUCAAAAGAUAAUAGAAAAUGAUGGACCUAAGCUUGAUAGCCACUUUGUUAUGGACAUUAAUAUUCUCGAUGGUACUGUUUUGGCCCCAACAACCUCUUUUACCAAGAUUUGGCGAAUGAAGAACAAUGGAAACAUUUCUUGGCCCAAGGGAACAAAACUUGUUUGGAUUGGGGGACAUACAUUCAGUAGUGGCUCUUUUGAGGCUCAGGCUAUUGCAAAUGGCUUAGCCAUGGAUGAAGAAAUUAAUAUUGCAGUUGAUUUCUGUGCACCUGAGGUUGCUGGUCGGUAUAUCUCUUACUGGAGGUUGGCUACACCUUCUGGGCAGAAAUUCGGGCAGCGUGUUUGGGUUAUCAUAGAGGUUGAUACUGCUUUGAUAGAUCCCGUUUGUUUGGGCUCCAAUAGCUUGAACUUGAAUCUACCACCAGUUGACUGUGGAGUGAAUGACAUUGAUAUCAACAUGAUUAAUGCACGUCAAAACAAAGAGCCAAUAGCUGAAACAGACUCGAAGAAAGAUCAAGAGCCACAUUAUCCUGUUUAUGGAAGUUGGUCGGUUGGCUGCUCUGAUCCUCCUCCCACCUCAAAUUACUCGAUCCACCCUUCUUCUCUCUUAGUUGAUGAAAACUCUCUUCUUGCUGAUGCUGCAAUGAUACAUCAUCCUUCCAUUUCUGAUUUGUGUGAAGAUAUUUCACCUUUUUCUGUGUCUCAUCUAGCACCAUUUUCCCAUACUGUUGCUUCCCAGACAGCAAUCCAACGGCCUCAUUCCUACAUUAACAACACCUACGAUGUUGAGCAGAAGCUGCUCGUGGAGCUUGGCAAAAUGGGCUUCAGGAAUAUUAUUCUGAACCAGGAAAUACUGAAGAUGAAUGAGUAUGAUUUGAAACAGUCAAUUGAUGAUCUUUGUCAUCUUGGUGAGUGGGAUCCAAACCUGGCUGAUCUGAAAGAGUUGUAAAAAUCAGGGCAUUUUUGACAAGGAAAUGAACAAGAGAGGUUGCUAAAGAAGAACAAAGGGAUCAUUAAAUUUGUGGUGUUGAAUCUUAUUUCUGGUGGGUAAACAGUUAUUCAUUUAAAGUUAUAAAUAAUGGUGGCUCUUCGUAAACAUUUAGUGCGAUUAUGUUGCUGCUGCUACUGCUUUUUCUUUAUUGCUUUAUUUUGUUAUGUUUAGGCAACAACUAGAGAUGAACUUGGUCGUAUAUUUUUUAUUUAUGGAUCUUGACUUUAUGAUUUUUGGGACGACGUUGAUGAUGUUAUUUAGUUUUAAAAUCUAUUAUGUUGUCAUGAUUUUGUCUGUAA